GCUGCUGCUGCUGCUGCUGAGCUUUUGGAACUCUCUCCUCCUCCCAUCGCCUACUUCUGAUGGGGGGUUGCGUGCAGCGGUGAAGUUACAGUGAUGUCAUUUUAGGAUGUGAGCGCGUUAGGGGGCAAGGUGAGCUGGUUUUGCGGGUGAGUGGUGUCCCCCCUCCACGGCCAGCGUUUGCCUGCACAGAGGCGCGGAGCGGCGAAAGAUGGUCAUCGCCGCCGGCAUCAAUUCAAGCUCCUCCGCGCUCCGUCUUCUCCCUCCUGCCCAGAUCUCGGCGUGUGGGGCCUUGAUCUGCUCUGAUCCCAAAACCAGCCUUUAUCGCAGCCAUGCCAGAGGACAGAAAAUAAGAAGAGUCGCAUUUCUAGGGCAGGUAACUUUAACCACGUGCCCCGAAGGUGAACCGGAUGGCCGUUGCGCAAAGGUGCCACCACAGCAUGUCCAGCGGGGCCGGGACGCACUGGACGCUGCCAGCAGUUUUGGUACUGUGGACUUCUCUGUGGGGAAUCGUCUCUUCUUACCCGAUUCCGAGCAGGACUAAUGCGACACAGUUGGAAAAGAAGUGGGAGACCCUCUUCUCUCGCUCGUAUCUGGGGAUAAACGGGGGCAGGUCGACGCUGAACUGGGAGAGUGACUAUUUGCAGGGCAUCAAAAGAGUGCGGCGGCUCUACUGCAACGUGGGCAUUGGGUUUCACCUGCAGGUGCUCCCGGACGGCAGGAUAAGCGGCGUGCACAGUGAGAACCCCUACAGUCUCAUAGAGAUCUCCACCGUGGACCGAGGAGUGAUCAGCCUGUUCGGGGUGAGGAGCGAGCUGUUUGUCGCAAUGAACAGCAGAGGAAGGUUGUACGGAACGGGAGUCUUCAGGGACGAGUGCAAGUUUAAGGAGAGUUUGCUGCCCAACAACUACAACGCCUAUGAGUCUUUUGUUUACAAGGGCUUCUAUAUCGCCCUCAGCAAGCAUGGCCGCGUAAAGAGAGGCAACAAGGCGACCACCGCCAUGACUGUCACACAUUUCCUCCCACGACUAUGAGAGAGACUGACAAUUAUUCAGUAAUUUGCACAUGCUGGAUGUUCUUCCAGGUAAUAGAGAAAUGCAUAGUCAUAAAAUGCACACCCAUGGACUGCAAAAGAAAACACAAAUAUUUAUUCUGUUAUAUAUAAAUAUAUAUAUAUGUAUAUUUGGAUAGUUGUAUUUGUAUAUGUAUGCCAAUUUUUUGCUGCUUAUUGUUUUAAUGGACGGGGAGAUCGAAGGCUUUGCCUUUCUCACUUUACCGUGGUGCUUGCUUUAACCGAACUACAUGUCACUUACUUUUCUGAGAUGGAGGAUGAGCUAUAUUCUGAGCUUUUAAAGAGUGAAAUGAAUACUUUUUAUUACCUCAAAGAACCACUUCACUAGGUUAAGGGAUGCAUGGACUUCUGCUGAAAUACUUGCUAAGUUUAUUGUUUUGUUCAAACCUUUGAACACUGGAUGGUUUCCGUACUUGAUUCUUGAUGUCCUGCAGUGGGGGGAUCUUAAAUGCACUACCUACGCUGCAUGAUUUAAAGGUGCCUUGGUGUUCCCACUUGUGGCCCCCUUAAACUUGCAUGUAAGAGACACCAGGAGGAGUCAGAAAUAGGGCUGACACUCUGGAGAGGGGCUCAGAAUAGGGGGGGAGGGGGGAUGACUAUCUCUGGUUUAUUUUCUUUCCUGUAAUUAGAUCGAUUAAGUGAAAAAACAACCUGUGGUUGAGACCAGGGAGCAGAUAGUCAUAGAGAAUGACACAAGGCCAUACAUUUGACUGUGUUGAAUAACCAGUGAACAAACAGGGUAGAAUACUUAUCUAUCCCAGCAUGGAAAAACUUUGUGUUCGGACCUGACUUGCUUCUGCAAAUGCAUCGACUGAGCGGAUAGAGCGCACAAUAGAUAUGCUCCUGUAUACUGUCUUCGAAAGGGCCCCAACACUAGAAGUGGGUUGCUGUUAUUGAUAUGCAAAGCUUUAGCUGCUAUGUACUAAAAUGAUGAAACCAAUGGAAAAUGUAAAUAGCUGCAAUUUAAAAAGAAUUCUGAAUAUUUUUAGUGCAAGAAAAAGAAAAACAAUGUUGGGGCUGCACAGUGGUGGUACCUAAAUGUUGUGGUCUAAAGUUCCCCUUAUGUGUCUCUUUCUUCUGUUUAUCUUUUGGUCAGUGUUUGGUAGGGGAUGUGGUGUCAUAGGCCUUUUUUGCAGCUGCCGUGCAGUGGCAGUGAGGUGCUGGGAUCUGGAAGGAAAAUGUUUUAAAUGCAAAUAUCGAUGACUCAAUCAAGCGUUUUGAAGGACUUAGGAACAGUGAAGCUGGCAGACUGGAUGCAAAGUAUCAUUUUGAGUCUAUUUUUCUGUUAUCUUGAAUUCAAAUGAAUGCCUCCGAAUGGAAACAUUUCAGAACGGUAUCCAAAAAAGCUGUUUGUUCACAAGGCUGAAGGUGUAGCAUGCUUUGCAGACUCACAGUUAGUCUGAACAAAUAUCUUGUUACAUAUUCCAAAGAUGUUUUUCUUGCCUCAUUAUUCAAAUUCCAGAGAGUCCUCUAGAGUGCAUCUCCUCGUGUAGUUUCUGCAGCUGUUGACUUAAAAAAAAAACCUGCAGCUCUCUUCACCAUCGGCCUCGAUCCGCUCCUGUGCGAGAGGAGGCAGGACUAUUUAAAUCUAGGAAAAUAGUCUGCGGGAGAGCCGACAUGUUGUCUUUGUUGUCUGUCAGACUCUGGGCAGGAAUGACAGGCAGCUUCCAACAUACCUGAACUGUCACCUGCCACUACCCACCUCUGCCUGUCCGUAACCCCCCACCUUCACCCCCACAACUCACCCGGUGUAGGCAGGGGCCUUGGGAUUCCAGCUGUAACCCAGGAGCUUCCUCCUCUCAUUUGAGCCAUUUUUAGUCCAAGGUCAGAGCCAUUGACCAGCCUUUGCCCCAACCUCUGUGGCCAAGGUGCUCCAUUGUCUGAGACAGGAAUUUAGAGUAUCCUUUUGGCACAUGACACCUUCAUUUUAUCCUUAAACACAAUAGAUGUCAUUGUUUUGUUGUUCGAAACACACUUAUUGCUUCCAUGAAUUUCAAGCCCGACCCCUGGAAAAUGCAGCAACUAUAAAUGUUAUCGGCUCGUUUGUACGAGUGCUGAUGUCCGGACUUUUCUGGGCGGGGGACAUCUGCAGAGUUUCUAUUCUGUGUGAGGAGCAGAUCCUCACUCCGGUUUUGUGCUGCCGCACAGCUCCCCAGCAUGCACCGGACAUGCAUCUGCUGCUGCCAGGAUUCUGCCGAAACACCAAAACACCGAAACACCGAAACACCCUCACCGCCUACUCCGACCCAUCAG